AUGUCCGGUAUGUAUUCGGAUAAGCCGUAUAAUUAAGUAUUUAUUUGAAUAUUACUAUUUAAAUUUUACAAUAAUAUUUUGGACAAUUAGGCAGUUACGAUCUUUCACAGUUCUAGUUUGGCCAUCAUAUACUUGAAUACAAGUAUUAUCGGCUACGUACUUUAGAUAGAAUACUAACUGGGACCAUUAGUUGAUUUUAACACUGUUGCUACCGAGUUCUGUAACUUUUACUACCAACAAUUCGAUUCGGAUAGAACCCAAUUGGGUAACUUAUACAGAGAGCAAUCCAUGUUAACAUUUGAAACUUCCCAAUUACAAGGUGCUAAGGACAUUGUUGAAAAGUUAGUUUCUUUACCUUUCCAAAAAGUUGCACACAGAAUUUCUACAUUAGAUGCUCAACCAGGUUCGCCAAAUGGUGACAUUUUAGUUAUGGUUACUGGAGAAUUAAUAAUUGACGAUGAACAAAACGCUCAACGUUACUCCCAGGUGUUCCACCUCAUCCCUGAUGGGAACUCGUAUUAUGUCUUUAAUGAUAUCUUCAGAUUAAACUACUCUUAA